AUGGACCAUGUUGACGCAGAGCUGGAGAGCAUAAACCGGAAAUUUGUGCACCGCAUCAACAACACAGGCUACGAAAACUUUGCCGAUUUGCUGGCAGACAUGCGUAGUGUGCAACUGAAGCUGCCAAUCGAUGCCCCGGCCUCAGAGUACUGGCUGCGGAUCACAAACGAAGUCGCAGACUACAUCCGCGAUUGGCAGCGGAACAUCGAUUGGGAUAAAACACUCGCAUAUCUCAAGACGCUGGAACACGAUUUGUGCUUGCUGGUCAAGUACCUCACCGCCACCCAGAUCACGCGCCUCAAUUCCAUCAUCCUGCGCACCCGGCAGACCGUCGUGCAGCUCGACCCGGACGAGGAGGCGGCGUUUAUUUAUGAGAACCUGCUGCAGUUCACCGGCUCUUCUUUGAAUAUGUAA